GUUACCUAAGUGUGAGCGACUCCUCGCUGUCCCGUUUAACGUUCUGAUUUCAAAGAUGCAUCCAGUUAUGUUCCUUGAAGUAGAUAGAUACUCUCCUACUCCUAGAACAGCAGGAUGCAGUUUUCCGAGCCAAUUUUUCUGUUUCCUUGCAGCCAUUACUACGCAUUUCUUCCCACCAACUCCCUCAAACGUCAACCCCUUGUGUCAAAGUUCAAAAUUUCCCUUUUCCAUCUCUCUCUACCAUUGAACAUACCAAGAGACAAUCAGUCUCCAACAAAAUCACCAGUCAUUCGCACGUGAUAUGUCCACCCCUCGGAAGUGCUUCGGCAAUCCCAGCGUCCGACCCAUACCUCUCGAUAACACAGCGAGCGUCCAAGUAUGAAAAUCGAUAUUGACACCAAUUCCCAAGAUCAUUCAUUCUUGUGUCUGUCUGUGAAGCGAUGCUUUCCACGGGUACCAUUCCCCAAAGUCUCAACUCCAUACACAACACCUUCGCAAAGAUAGUACUAAACCGGUCCCUCGGUAUUCCCAUAUCUCUCUUUGCCGGCUUGGCAACUACUUCGUUGAUUUUCUUGACACUUCGCGAUACUUCUACUUGUACACCUACACGCGUCACCAGGAUUUCUUCGUCCGAAUCACAAUUAGAUGCAAAGACGACUUCUCGUAUAAUUCCCAGUCCGCUCAAGACCCAGAUUCCCACAUUGUCUCACGAAGAAAUAUCCACGCUACCUUACCCGCCGGAUAUAUAUCCCGGUGCCCGUGACGUCCCCAGUCCCUAUGGCAGCACACGAGCGUAUGAAUUUGGUCCGGUGACCGGCCCCAAGGUGCUCCUCGUCCAUGGGAUUUCCACUCCGUGUAUUGCGCUCCACUCCCUCGCUACUACUCUCGCUACCACGCACGGAUGCAGAGUCCUCCUUUUCGAUCUUUUUGGAAGAGGGUACUCGGAUGGUGUGAGCGAUUUGCCGCAUGAUGAGAGACUUUAUACGACGCAGAUUUUGCUUGUGCUUACUUCUUCUUCGCUAUCUUGGGUCGGGGAUGGGUUUCACAUUCUUGGGUUUUCCAUGGGUGGAGGGAUUGUGGUUGCUUUCGCAGUCGCAUUUCCAAAAAUGGUGAAAGAUGUGAUUUUGUUGGCGCCAGCGGGUUUGAUCAGGGAGGAACAUUUUGGUUGGAAAGGGAAGAUGAUGAGAAAGUGGUGGUUUCCUGAUGGACUAUGGGGGUGGAUUCUUAGGAGGAGAGUUAGCGGGUCCUAUGAUACCGUGCCAAGUCCUUCAUCUUCUCCUUCUACUUCCCUCCAAAUCUCUGAUCCGCAAGCCGAUGAUAAACAAUAUGAGAGCCAAGCACAAGUAGAUUCAGAACUCACAACUGCUGUUCCCGCUUCCUCUGCUGCAACGAACGCAGAUACUAGAUUAUCAUUUGAUGAUACACCUAUAUCAUCCCUGCUACCGCACAUAACCGUAGGACAAGUGAUGCGAUGGCAAAAACAACAACAUCGGGGAUAUACAAACGCAUUCGCGAGUUCAAUCAUGUAUGCGUCGAUUUCCGGACGCAAGGAAACAUACAAGGAACUCUGGGGUUCCUGGGUUAGCAGCGUUGGCGCGGAGAAGAGCGAACAUAACAAGCGAAAGAAGAUUUUGAUCAUGGUAGGAGAACAUGACGACGUGAUUGUGGCAGAAGAAUUAAAAGAAGAUUUAAAGACAGCGGUGAUGGAAAGAUUCGGGGCUAGAGACGACGGGAGUGAUAUUUUUGAUGAGAAAAUUGUCUGGAAAAGCAUCGAGAGCGCGGGUCAUGAAUUCCCAAUCACGAGGGGAGAGGAGGUCGCGAGCUUCAUUGGGGAAUUCAUAGGUGUAUGAAGAUGUACGGGAAACAAGAGAGUUUUGCGCACAUGACGGUGUUCUUCACACGUCUUUUAUAUUAUAUGUCACGAACAUGUUAUACGACCAGGAGCGUCCAAGUACAAGUUUAGAAUAAUCUGCUAGAAAAUAUCAAACCACACAGAUUUCCAAAUCUCAAAGCUAUAAAAUC